UCUGCUCACCAUCUCGGGCCCGGUGGGGGUUGACCACGGUUUCUGUACUUGCUUAUGUCCUGUUUGUCUCCUCGUGGUCCGGGUGGGCAUGCAGGGUGCCGCUAGCGCCGUCCAACAUAAGCUGCUUUGCUGGUUGGUUUCUGCCGUUGGUCAUCAGCACAGAGCACACUCUUAUCUGGGUGAGAAGCUCCUGGGGCCCGGAGCGGGGUUUGGCAGGUACCUUUUCACCCCACAGCUCGUGAAAUAACAGAGUCUAGAUCUUCCCGCAGGGGAACCUCCUCUGGGCAGAGGUGUGGAGUGGGGUGUGCGGGGACUGGCCUGGGACAGCUGUCAGCCCGAGCGAGGUUCCUGCCACGGAGCACCUGCGCAGCUGCUCCAACCGCCUGGCCUUAGAGAUGCUUCCUAGUUCUUUAGGCUCUUCUUCCCCUCAGACAGUAAGAGAACAGAGAGGAGUAUAUGAACGUUCCGUGGUCUCUUUGGCUUCACUGGAAAUUAAAGCGUGAACGUUUCUUUAAUGAAAAUGUAAACUGGUGUGAUGAGAUCCACGCUUAGCUUUUAUGAAUUUCUUCUUCAAGUAGUUUAUUGAGCACCUGCUAUGUGCCAGGCUGUGAGUCAGCCCUGCCCUCAGGCUGUGAGCCCAGCAGGGGAGACGGAUGGCCCCUGUGAUGACCAGAGUCCAUCCUUGCUGAGGUUACAGUGGGCAGCGGGGGACAGAAAAAUCCUGCCCUUAUGUUUGGUAAGAGAAAAGUUCUGUUACUUCCCUGGGAACUGCACGUCAUUUUGGUAAUUCUUAGAGCCCUUUGACCCCCUUGCUUCCCUCACCUCACCACCAUAUCAGACAGGAUUCCUGUUCCCCCAGUUGUUGAUUCCCCACUUGCUAUCCUAGGAGAGUACAGACUUCAUACCUCUCCCUCGAACCAAAAAGUAGUUUUAACAAACAGGAAGCACCGUGGUUCUCUCCUUUCACUUCUUGCCCUUCUGGUUUUGAUCAAAUAAAAGCAAACCUGUUUUCAGACAAGCCAGAAACAGGAAGAGUUUGCCGUCUUCUUCCCUCGCCAGAUUGAAAGAUGGAGGUCUUCCACGAGUAGGAACUGCCCCAGACACUUGCAUGGUUUUCUCAGGAAGCUUCGUGGCAUGGGGUGCCCCCAAAGCGCUGUUGGUGUUUGGGUGGUCCAUUGCAGACGCGUCUGUCUGCAUCCCCACCCCCCAGGAACACACUCUUGCUUUCUGCCAUAUCCACGAGUUUUUGCUCACGACCAGCGUGGUGCUCCCCGGGGCUCUAAGAGGCUCAGGGGGUGAAGUUCAGAACACAGCGGGUGGGUGUCCGCGGCCCUGUCUCGCCAUCCUUGGGGUGCAGGGCUUUGCUGGCGCCCCGAGCCCUGCGCCUCACCUCCUGUCCUCUCAUGGCUGUCCCUCUGCAGUUCUCCAGGCGCACCCCUCCCGCCCUUCUACUUCACAGCCUCCCGGCCCGUCUCCCUCGGCCAGUACCGUGCGGGCCGAGCCCAGCUUGCUCCUAACUCUCCGGCCAGAUUUCAGCUUCUCGAGCACGGGGGUCGUCCUGCUGCCCUCCAGUGCCGGGCUGGCCCAGGGCCCGGCUGCACAGUGGACUAAACUCGUGUCCUGCAACUCAGAUUACAGAAGCUGCAGCAGUUCAAAGGAUUCCCAUUACCCUUCAAACACAUUUCCCAGGUGUUAACUCGAGUGUGAGUUUUGAAGCCUGGGGACCUGCGACUCUAUUCUCUCAAAACGAUUCGAGUGGCGGUGCCGACGGUGGAUGAAGGUCCGUGAGGCUGACGUGCAGAAUGGCCGGGAAGAGGCCGUCGGGCCUGGGCAAGCAGCGCCGGCUCCUGGCGCUGCUGGUGGCGGUAGCCGCCGUCCACCUGGUUGCCUGCCCCUACACCAAAGUGGAGGAGAGCUUCAACCUGCAGGCCGUGCACGACCUGCUCUACCACCGGCUGGAUGUGGACAAGUUUGACCAUCUCGAGUUCCCUGGCGUGGUCCCCAGGACGUUCCUCGGGCCGCUGGUGAUCGCGGCACUCUCCAGCCCCGCCGUUUACGUGCUUUCGCUCUUGGAAACGUCCAAGUUCUAUUCUCAGCUAGUAGUCAGGGCCGUCCUUGGACUCGGCGUGAUCUUUGGAAUCUGGACUUUACAAAAAGAAGUGAGGCGGCAGUUUGGGGCCACGGUGGCCACCCUGUUCUGCUGCGUGACGGCCUCGCAGUUCCACCUGAUGUUCUACUGCACGCGGACACUCCCCAACGUGCUGGCCCUGCCUGUGGUCCUGCUAGCCCUCGCAGCCUGGCUGCAGCAGAGGUGGACGCGCUUCGUCCGGCUCUCGGCCUUCGCCAUCCUGGUCCUCAGGGCCGAGCUGAGCCUGCUCCUGGGCCUGGCGCUGCUGCUGCCGCUCUGCCUGCGGAAGGUCUCGGUGGCCCGGGCCCUGCGCUGCGCCGUGCCGGCUGGGAUCCUCUGCUUAGGGCUGACGGUGGCCGUGGACUCCUAUUUUUGGCGCUACCUCGUAUGGCCAGAAGGAAAGGUGCUCUGGUACAACACCGUCCUGAACAAAAGUUCCAACUGGGGCACCUCGCCGCUGCUCUGGUACUUCUACUCGGCCCUGCCGCGCGGCCUGGGCUGCAGCCUGCUCUUCGUGCCCCUGGGCGCCGUGGACAGAAGGGCCCUGGCACUGCUCCUGCCGGCGCUGGGCUUCGUGGCUCUGUACUCGCUUCUCCCGCACAAGGAGCUGCGCUUCAUCAUCUAUGCCUUCCCCGUGCUCAAUAUCGUGGCCGCCAGGGGCUGCGCCCGCGUGCUGAAUAACUAUAAGAAGUCCUGGCUGUGUAAAGUGGGGUCCCUCCUCGUGAUAGGACACCUCGUGGUGAACGCCACAUACUCGGCCACAGGCCUGUACGUGUCCCACUUCAACUACCCUGGCGGCGUGGCGAUGCAGAGGCUGCACGAGCUGGUGCCCUCCCGCACAGAUGUCGUUGUGCACAUCGAUGUGGCCGCUGCCCAGACAGGUGUGUCCCGGUUUUUGGAAGUCAACAGUGCCUGGAGGUACGAUAAGAGAGAGGACGUGCAGCCCGGCUCCGAGCGCAUGCUGGCCUACACGCACCUGCUCGUGGAGGCCGCCCCCGCGCAGCUAGCCCCCUACCGGGACACGCACCGGCUGCUGGCCAGCGUCCCAGGCACGACCGGGCUGAGCCUCAACCUGAGCAGGCUGCCCCCCUUUGACGUGAACCUGCAGACCAAGCUGGUGCUCCUGGAGAGGCUUCUCGGGCCUUCCUGAGGAGGAGCCAGGGGCCCUCCAGAAACACCGGCAGGACGAGACGGAAGCGCGCAGAGGACCACGGGUGUGCCCUCACGGGGGCGCGGCCACAGCCACAGCCGGGGCACCCACAUCCACGCUGCCCACCACCUGUGAGAACGAGGGGCCUGGCACCCCUCCCAGGGUGACGCUGGGUGGGAUGCUGUUCACCGUCCAGACCGCAGCGGGGUGUGGAUCUUCCCGCGGAGCUGCUUCUGGGCAGCAGGCUGUGGCCUCUCCGCCCCUGAGAGGUCGUCCCCCUGGGGCAGCGUAACCGCAGAACCUCAGCACCCAGCCCUCGGGGUGGGGCCUCCUUUGUGGUCACAGGCAGCCGUUUCCAUUUCAGAUGAGGCUUUAGGAGAUAAACUCGUUCAAAACGA